AUGCGAUACUCUAAAGCAUACUGGAAGAAUGUCAUCGAUUCGAAGCCAGCUCGUAUCGUCACGGUUUUCAACACCGGGACUUGGCAGGGAAAUCCAAUCAGCUUUGAGAACGAUAUGGCCCUGAGGAAAGCUAUACGCGCCGCUGCAGAAUCUAAGGAUUCUUGUGCUCGGUGGCAGCGCCUCGUAGACGCAGGCAUAACGGAUGCCUUAUGCAAAUGCGUGAUCGAGCACUCCUCAGACUUGGGGGCGGAUUGCAGCGGUGAUAAUAAUACAUCAUCGUAUUUCGCCCCCUUUAUAGAGCUUCUAGUACUAGGACUGCCCAACGUCAAACGAUCCCCUGUUCCUACCAGGACUAUAUUCGUUGAAUCCCUGGUCGAGAACUGGAGUGAAAUCGUCCUACGACUUUGGAUCAGACCUCAUCACAUGUUCGAACCGCACGAAAACUACGCAUCAGAGCGAAUUUUCGUCUCAGAGCUAGUUAUGGGUAUCCUAGAGAUAGAACCGACCUGCGCUUUGGUGGAUGCACCCAACGAUCUGACCGUCCCUCUGAUCAUGCGAUGUCUCAUGCAUUCAGUUGGAAUCAUCGAGUUCUGCAAAUGCGUCAGGGCAUUAGCGCGGCUCGCCGAUCCUCCAGAAGCCAUAUUCCAUAACCGCCGACCCAAGAAUUUCAUCGCUCGUAUGCGACAGGGGAUCCCAGACCAGUCCUUCGCCUCUUUAUUCACGCAUUACACCGGAAAUUUUCCCUUCUUAAACACGACCUACAUAAAUCAUUGCAUGCAUCUCAUAUGGGCACUUAUCAACUGUGCUCUAUGGAGUUCUCCAUCCGACAGAGACUUUCUCCAUGAUUUGUUUGGCCAUACCACCAUGUUCUCGAUUCUGUUCCGGCUUUUGUCGAGUCCGGAGCACGUAUUAAAGCAGGCUAAUUUCGAGCCCGGGGAGCGGUUGAUUCUGCCCAUCCUGAUGUUGAUGAAACGAUGCACCGAGAGCGCCAUUGAUGUAGAGAGCAAUGAAGGCGAGAAUCUCAUGCGGACUUGGCUCUGUGAGGGCGUGUUCGACGUAUUAGAGGCAGUGUGGGUACAGCAUGGUGGUAUCGUCCACGGCGUAUACAGUAAGCGUUCCCUCCCCCCAUUCUGA